AUGGCGAAGCCUGUGGUAUCUGCUAUUGGCAGCAUAGCAAGCUCUGUAAACAUCACCCAGCCUCUGAAUGGCUUCAUAAGCUAUUCCAUAGAACUUUCGUCAUUUCCAGACUUCGCCGGCAACAAUUCUAAACCCAAUGACUUCUCGAAUAACUUAUUAGACAACCUUGGCGCCCUCGCGGGGGUUAAGCCGUAUAUACGAGUCGGAGGUAAUACUCAGGACUAUGCCAUAUGGAACUCUGAGCUGAAAAUCGCUCUCAAUGGCACUUACAACCUUUCGAGCUCCGUCGACUAUCCAACGAAAAUUGAAAUCGGGCCUGCCUUCUUCGAGUCUUACAACACUUGGCCUGACGUCAAGUUCUCUCACGGUUUCAACAUGGGCGGCAACCAUGACAACAGGACAUGGGAGACGCUUCUAGACACCGCGGCCGUAGUCUGCAAAGUCUUGAACGGUGACAAGUUGUAUCUAUGGGAAUACGGAAACGAACCGGAUCUCUUCGCCGGAGCAGUUAGGCCGUCCAACUGGAACGAAUCGCAGUAUGUGGCAGAAUGGCUGAACGGAACGCGAGCUAUCAAGAGCGUUUUCAAAGAAAGCUGUCCCGAGCUCAGCGAGGACCAGUACGAGUUCCUCGCGCCCUCAUUUGCCGGGACUGCCAACCACUUAAGCGCGGUCCGCACUUGGGCCGAUGGUGUCGACGUCGAUAAGGACAUCAAGCUCUUCUCCUCUCACAACUACAUAGACGGUGCCACAAGCCUCGGCGUCACGCUACAAGGCACACUCCUAAACCACACCCGCACCGCCCUCAGCGUCGGCCAGCACAUCACCGAAAACGCCGCCAUCAACCCAGGCAUCCCGUACAUCCUCGGCGAGACCAACUCGCUGUACAACGAAGGGCGUCCGGGCCUCUCCAACGCGUUCGGCGCCGCCCUGUGGGCCGUCGACUUCGCCGUCUACUGCGCGGCCGCCGGCAUCGGGAGGGUGCACUUCCAUAUGGGCACCGACUAUCGGUACGCCGCGUGGCAGCCCGUCGGGACGAACAAGACGACCGUCGGGACCAAGGCGCCGUAUUACGGGGACGUGGCUGCGGCUGCGUUCUUAGGAUCGGGUUUGGGGGCCGGGGAGUUCGGGGAGGAGGUAGGGAAGGUGACGGGGACGGGAACGGGGGUUGCGCAGAUUGAGCUUGGGGGUGAUGGGGUGGAUCAGGAGACUGAUGUCGCGUACGCGGCGUACGAGAAUGGCACAGUGGCAAGGCUGCUGGUGCUGAAUCUCAGGGAAUACAAUUACACGCUUAACGGCACGGGUCCGGGCUUGAACCAGGAGCCGCGGCCCGUCCGGACUUACCAGUUCACGGGGCUCGGCUCUGCUGCGGAAGCUACGAUCAGGAGGUUGCAUGCUAAUGGCAGCGACGCGAUAACGGGGAUCACGUGGGAUGGCUGGAGCUAUAACUACGAGCUGGAGCGCGGGAAGCCCGUGAGGUUGGAGAAUGUGACGACGGGGGAGACGGCGCAGGUGGUGAAUGGUUCGGUCGAGGUUGGGGUCCCGGAUUCGGAGGUUGUGGUUUUGGAUUUCGGGACGGUGUCGAAGUAG